AAAGCUCUGGUCCAGCUAGCGUGUGAUGGGUGUGCAUCCUUUGCCUUGACACCGUACCUACGGCCACCAGCCAUGAGAGCCACCGGCGCCACCUCCGCCUCUGCGGCUCCUUGCUCAACCAUGCCGUGCUUGCACGGACAAGGCCAUGCUGGCAGGGCUGCCGCCUACGCGGUGGCGGCGUGUCUUGCGCUUGUGACCUUUUUGAUGGUGGUGUCCUUGGACCCCGGAACGCAAGCAGCUUCCUGGUUCCUGUCUUCUUCUUCCUCCUCUCCGUCCUCCUCCUCUUUGCAGCCAAGUGGAGGUGGCGGUGGCGGUGGGCACCUCCUAGCCACCUCCAGCUCUUACUCCGACGGCGGCGACGGCGGUAGGAACAGCACGGGCAAGGAAGUGAACGAGGAGGUGCUGUUUCAGCAGCAAGGUGGUGAUGACUUGCUGUCGUUGAUCAACUCUAGCUCCGGCCAUGGCACGCCUGACCUCUCCGUCACACCGCCGCCCGCCGCACCGGCACCGGCUCCAGAACCGGCUAAGGAAAGCUCAAACGAUGCAACUCAUGUCAUGCCACAAGUGCGAAGGAGGGACGUGAAAUUGGAGCGACUCGAACUCGGUCUCGCGAAAGCUCGGUCAGCUAUAAUGGAAGCUAUCCGAAACAAGGACAACCGGCCUCCCUUGAUCGACAAGGAUUACGUGCCAGUCGGGCCAGUGUACCGGAAUGCCUAUGCAUUUCACAGGAGCUACCGGGAAAUGGAGAACCUGUUCAAGAUCUACGUCUACGAGGAAGGCGAGCCGCCGGUGUUCCACGACGGGCCGUGCCGCAGCAUAUACUCAACGGAGGGCAGGUUCAUAUACUCCAUGGAGAUGGAGAGCCGGAUGUGUACCAGAGACCCGGGCCUUGCCCAUGUCUUCUUCCUGCCGUUCAGCGUUGUCAAGAUGGUCAAGAUGAUCUACGAGCCGAGCUCGCACGACAUGGGCCCGCUCCGGCGAACCAUCUCGGACUACGUCGGCGUGCUGUCGACCAAGUACCCCUACUGGAACCGGAGCCUCGGCGCGGAUCACUUCAUGCUGUCCUGCCAUGACUGGGGGCCGUACGUGUCGUCGGCGAACGGGCACCUCUUCGCCAACUCCAUCCGCGUGCUGUGCAACGCCAACACGUCGGAGGGCUUCAACCCUUCCAAGGACGUGUCGCUGCCGGAGAUCAACCUCCGGAGCGACGUCGUGGACAAACAGGUCGGCGGCCCCUCGGCGUCGCACCGGCCGAUCCUGGCAUUCUUCGCCGGCGGCAACCACGGGCCGGUCCGUCCGCUGCUGCUGGAGCACUGGAAGGGCAAGGACCCCGACGUGCAGGUGAGCGAGUACCUGCCCCGCGGCGUGUCGUACACGGACAUGAUGCGGCGCAGCCGGUUCUGCCUGUGCCCCGGCGGGUACGAGGUGGCGAGCCCGCGGCUGGCGGAGGCCAUCUACCUGGAGUGCGUGCCCGUGGUGGUCGACGACGGCGACUACGCGCUGCCGUUCGGGGACGUGCUCAACUGGGCCGCGUUCUCGGUGCGGGUCCGCGUGGCCGACAUCCCGCGGCUGAAGGAGAUUCUCGCCGCCGUGUCGCCGCGGCAGUACAUCCGGAUGCAGCGGCGGGUACGGACGGUGCGCCGGCACUUCUUGGUGCACGGCGGCGCGCCGCGGCGGUACGACGUGUUCCACAUGAUCCUGCACUCGGUCUGGCUCCGGAGGCUCAACGUCAGGGUCAUCGCGCAGGGCUGAAGGAUUCUUGGAGCAGAGCAGGUUGGUUCGUUGCGUCUUUUGUAGAUUUUGACAGGGGUUGGAGAGAU